AUGACUACAACUCUGAUUUUCGGUCCAACCGGUGCAGUUGGCUCACAGAUUCUGGCCACGCUUCUCUACUCGCCUACUUGCACAUCACUCACGACUAUCUCCCGUCGCGCUCCACAAACCCAAACUCAAUUUUCGAAAUUGAAGACUAUCAUCGAGACUGACACUGCAAAAUGGAGUCCCAUAAUUUCUACACUCUCUCCUACACCGUAUGUGGUCUUCAAUGCGGUUGGAACCACCUUGGCUAGCGCUGGUUCCAUUGCUGCACAACGGGCCAUCGACCACGACUUAUGCAUUGAGAAUGCAAAAGCUGCCAAGGCAGCAGGCGUCAAGACAUAUGUGUAUUGCUCAAGCGCAGGGAUAAGUGGAUCAUUCAGUCCAUUUGCCUUGACACCGUAUGCAAAGAUGAAAAGAGGCGUGGAGAGUGCCAUCAAGGAACUGGACUUCGAGAAUGCGAUCAUCUUGCGACCUGGUAUGAUUCUUGGAAGGGAAAGCCCGAAGAACAAAUGGCUUGAGGAUAUCUUUGAUGGAUUCAAGAAAAUCUCACAAGGUUUUCAGGAUAAAUGGGCUCAAGAUCAGACGACUAUUGGAAGAGCUGCCGUGGCUGCUGUGAAGGUGGUAGAAGAGGGCAACGCUCCAGAGAAAUUCUGGGUACUUGAACAAUCUGAUAUCGUAAGGCUAGGAAGAGACGAGUGGAAGGAAUAA